UAUGGUUACGAGAGAGCGAGGAGGGAGGCUUUUAGAGCGCCACCACAGCCAGUUCGCGUGGAACAGUCGCGAUCAGUCGGCCAAGGCCACCACCGGCUCGGCAGCUGGCAGAGAGUUCCGUGGGCAACGCUCCGUUUGGCAGGGGGGUUCCGGCCGCUGCAAGGUUUGCGUUUGAGCGCUCAGUUUGACAGGAUGUCUGGCGUUACGCUGCACAUACUGGGAGCUUAUUAAGGCGCUGGACGGACAUUGUGCUGGACAACACGAGGGGCAACACGACAACACUUCGGAAAGAGCCGCGCGGCACAACCGCGGAAGCGUUGGGCGGUAGUAGAUGUUGCGGGCCGCUGGGUUUGUCGAGCGACGCCUUGGCGGGCUGGAGGUCGCGCGUCUCCCGUAGCCGGCGGGUACGGAGCUCGCACCAGCGGCGGCGUGCUCUCCCGUCGCGUCACACCGGCCGGCGGCUUGACGCCCUUGAUGCUGCGGAAAAGGAAUCUCUGCGAGAUCAUGAAGCUAUGGGGCCAGAUCAUGAAGGUUAUAAUCCUCGUGGCAGUUUUGCUCUCCUUCCUGAUAUACACGGUGCAUCACACCGACGACCACUCGGACAGUUUAAAGGACAUGUGGCUCAUGGAGCCCUCUCUGAGCACCUCCAAGCUGGUCCAGUGGCAGAUCAGUCCUGCCGAGUGGCAGGCCGCCGACAAGGAGCUCUACGACAUCCGGUGCAGCGAGAUCCUCCAGCAGGAUCCGCGAGAAAUUGGGAAAACGCUGAAGAUCCGGAAGAAGACGAUAGUCGACCUGACCGACGAAGACGUGCUGCUCCUGACCGACGACUGCCCGGUGUUUUUGGAGACGAGGAAGUACUUCUCGAAGCACGUGUCCGCGGAGGAGAGAGACUUCCCCAUCGCGUAUUCGAUCGUCGUGCACAAAAAUGCCGCCACGCUCGAGCGCCUGCUGCGUGCGAUUUUCGUGCCGCAGAACGUCUACUGCGUGCACGUCGACGCCAAGUCGUCCGCCACGUUCAAGUCCGCCGUGCAGAGUCUCGCCAAGUGUUUCGACAACGUAUUUGUAGCGUCCAAGCUGGAGGAGGUGCACUACGCGCAUAUUUCGCGCUUGCAGGCCGACAUCAAUUGCCUCGCCGACCUGCUGAAAUCGCCCGUGCGUUGGAGGUACGCAAUUAAUCUCUGCGGGCAGGACUUUCCGUUGCGGUCCAACCGAGAGCUCGUGAGCGAGCUGACGGGCCUGCAAGGCAGGAGCAUGCUGGAGACCGGCAAGCCGUCGGCGUACAAGCAGCAGAGGUUCACGCGCAAGUUUGUCCUCGCCAGGAGGGAUUCCUCCCUCCCGGCGUUGCAGGACACCCAAACGGCGCUGGCGCCGGCGCCGCACGGCCUCGAGGUCUUUGUCGGCAGCGCCUACUUCGUGCUGAGCCGGGAGUUCGUCCGCUUCGCGAUGACGAGCGCCGUGGCGACGGAUUUCCUGCGCUGGUGCGCCGACACCUACUCGCCCGAUGAGCACUUCUGGGCCACCCUGGCGCGCUCGCCGCAGGCCCCCAGCGGCGGCAGCGGCGGCGGCGGCGGCGCUGAUGUGUCGGACCUGCAGAGCAAGACGCGGCUCGUCAAGUGGAGCUACCUCGAGGGGCGGCUGUACCCGGCGUGCACCGGGCGGCACGUGCGCAGCGUGUGCAUCUACGGCGCGGCCGAGCUGGGCUGGCUGCUGCAGGACGGCCACUGGUUCGCGAACAAGUUCGACCCGCACGUCGAUCCCGUGGUCGUCAAGUGCCUUGAAGAGGAGAUCUCCAGCAGGCAGAACGCACGUGAGUGAUGGGAGUGCCUUCGCGGACGCGUGAGGGUCCACAGAGGAGCUGCUGGUGUUCGUGAGACAGGGCGGACCCGAAGCCUUUGGUUAGACAGGAAGGCGGGAAUCAUCCUGCCUUUCUGCUACGUCGGUAGAGCUGGCGUGUCCACAGCAACCUGGCCCAUGCCAAAGCGAUGCUACAGAGUUCUUGACUCAUCCUUGGCUCUCAGUCCCAUAUCGAGCUGUAUGCUCAGAGCAAGGCUGACCCCAAAGCCGGUAAGGGUCAACGUAGGAGCAAGAGGCACGUGCUGUGACAUCACGGAUUCGUCGGCCACGUGCGCGUAAAAAUUGUGCAGUAGAAAAUCACAAGACAAAUUUAUUUUAGCGUAAAAUAGGCUACCCGAACCACAGUUUAAUGUUUUUUUAUUGAAGUAUGAGUAUUGUUUUAGAUUGCUUCCCCCCCCCCCCUGCCCACCCACCCAGCUCCCGGACGCAGAUGGUGGAGGAAGGAAAGGGGCGCUGAGGGGACAGAACAAAUGUGAUGAGCAGAGCCCACAGAGUCCCACUGCAUGCGGAGGAUAGGGACGGAGGCUCAGGCCCGAUGCUGCUUCCGCGUCACGUCUGGGCAAUUCCUGGGCCAAAUCGUGGAGUCAUUUCUGGGACAGGGAGCGCAAUUCUCAGUGCUCGUGGAAGUUAAAAAAUGCGGCAGCGCCUCGGAUUAACACGGCCGGCUACGCAAUUUGCGAAGUUCCACAUACAUGUGUAGUGAGUUCAAGGAGACGUAGACGACGUAGUCGGAGGCACACUUAUUUAUUCAACCAAAGGGCAGAACACAAUAUUUGAAAGGGUAACGGCCCCUUAACCCAUCUAACAGGGAGACCACCCCUAGCGCUAGCCCGGCUAGUCUGCUCCCAGGUCCUCCACUAGAGAGCUAGGGGAGGCUAGCUGAUCCAGCUCUGGCCAAGCUAGGAUCUCGGCACCCUUAGCCAACCAGACCGGCUCUUACAAGAGCAUCGGCUCUGGGCUCUCAGGGCCGCGCCGCUGGCUUGCCCUGGUCGGUCCUUAGAAGGACAGCGAGCCAGGGGAGUCCCAGGGCCUAUCCUGCCGGUCUUCGCUCUUCGCUGAUUAAGCUGUAAUACUCGACCCCGAGCCCACCGGCUCCCCGCCUUAUAUAGCAACUCCCCCCGAGGGGUGGGGCUGUGGGGGAUCACAGCGCCGUCACAGCCCCCCAGGGCUAACCGUUGCGGACGUGGAUGUAGGCACCCUUACGCGUGCGGGCGCAACCACCCCUUGUGUGUUUGUUUGCCCUCCUGUAACACCCCUACACAUGCAUAGGACAAAGAUAGGCAGGCCUCCUCCUGCCAACAAAGUCCCUGGGACAUACGAUAAGUGUCGAUAAUGCCAGUCGACGGCUGGACUCUGCUGAGUCUGGAAAUAGCCGAGUUGUUUCCGGAAGAUUUGGCCUGGGUUUGUAAAGUGCAGCUCAGGUCAACACAGUGAGAGCCUUGUUCGGUUACAGAUGAUUUGAAAGUAACAUAUUUAUCCAUGUUUUACAAAGUUGCACGACUGCACAGGGAGUGUUUGUGCCCUCUGCAUGGUUUUAAAAUUGGCUCAUGUAAGUAGCGUAUAUAUAUUUUUGUAUUGGCACAUGAAGUGAUGUGAGCACUGCUGGCUAAGUACGGUGCAAAAGAAGUUCUACAUGCAUGCAGAGGGGUUAUGUGUUGCUGUGUGUAUGUGUGUGUGUUUCAAACUGUUUAAACGUGGCCUUUUUUAAUGCAACUUCAAAUAGAAUAUGUUUGGAAAAGUGAGCAGGAAGUGCCCUUUAUAUGCCUGGGCUUGGGUUAAUUUAUUUCGUUAUUGGUUUACCCGCUAGAAUUCAGUAGUUUCUUGAAAUCACUGAGCUGGGUCCAUUGGUACAGUGCAGAUGAGCAGAACAGUUUUUUUUUAUUGCUUUCCAACUACGGUUGAAAGCACGAAUGCAUUCGCUACGACGAAGUAGGCUUUCGAAACCAUUAUUACCCAUGAGAGGUUUUUGCGUUAGAUUGCGUAAAUGUGUCGUUAAACCCGCCACCACCCUACGCAGUCAAUUACUAAGGUGUGUCACGUCAACAAAUAAAAUCAAAUUCGUUACUGUUCAGGAAACCGGUGGGUUGGAGAGGAAACCCACAACAUUUACAAUUUGAGUGCCGUGAAGCUGGUUGUUGUAAUUAGCGCCGAAACGUUGUGCGACUCAAAUUGUAAAUACUCUUUGGUUUUUUCGGUAAAGUCACGUAGGUUAAAAAUUCCACCUGAAGACAGAAGCUUGUGUUGCCUCCAAAACGUCGUGAUUUAAUUUAUUAAAAAAAAUUACCUACGUGACUUUACCGAAAAAACCAAAGAGUAUGAAUCCUUGCAGUCACGAAAACUUCAAAUCUAGAAUCAAAUUGUAAAUGUUGUGCGUUUACCCUCCAACACACAAGUGGUGUGCUGAACAGUAACGAAUUGGCACGUUUUGUUUACGUGUCAAACCUUACCAAUUGGCUGUGUCGGGUGGUGGCAGGUUUCACGAUGCAUUUAUAUUCACGCAACCUUACCCAAAAACAUCUAUUACGCAUGAUCCAUCCGUCUGUUCCAACGUCACGUGAAGCUGAUCCAAUCCAAGCCACAUUAUAUUUGUGCGUCUUGGGACCGACAGUGUUAAACAUAAAUAAAUAAAGUGGCCAAAUGUAUUGAAGGCCCUUGCAUAAAAAAAACUGAGUGAUACAAAUGAAGCAAUGAGUGGGUCACAAUGCCAGGUGUAAUUCAAAUCAUGAACUGUAUAAUAAAAAAUAAGCAGAAGCGCUGUUUAAAAAUAAAACUCUUUCUACUUUGUGCUUCGUCGCCAAAGUCGACGAAUCAGCAGAGUUGCGUGGUGCAGGGCGAUGGAUGAAUGAUUGAUGAGUGUCGCUGUCGACGUGUGGCUUAUAGUGGCCGGCCAGAAGCCAGGGGUAACCCUACCUGGCCGCAGUGACCGCCUGUUUCCAUAUUGUCCUCCAAAUUUCCGUUUGGCUCGCCGGUGUGAAGCCCGCACUUUACUGGACGCGAGUCGGCAUUCGUCUACGGUACGGUGUCGCGUAUCCGACUCGCUGGGGAGGCCGAGGCGUAGGCAGAUUCGUGACAAGGUCGGAUAUGAGAUCAUCUACAGAAAACGACAGUUCAGUUCAUCGCGGACGAACGCGAGGUUAAGAGAAUUAGUGACUGCGUACGCAAAGGUUUUCGGAACAUCUGGUAGAAAAUCACAGAUUAGUUGGUCAGGGUCAAUGUGAUGGUCAGAUGAGUGAGGUGGUGCCGUACUGCCUUUGCUUGCGGUCGGUUUGAACGCAUUGCAGAUGGAAGUGUGGAAAAAGUAUGUGUAAUGAUGUACAGUGGACCUUGGGUUUCCAUGAAAAGUGCUUCCGUCAGUCUGAUUUGUGUGUGGACGGAUGUUAAAGCCGGGGCUAUUGAACCACUUUUCAUGGUCCAUGUAUGUUGAUUUACCAGGGAUGUUAUGAUGCACCACCAAACCCUUCUUGUAAUUCAGGGUCCCGUUUCGAUCUCAGAAUGGUUUCACCCAAACACUGCGGCUGCGAGGCGAUGUUGCGUCUAUCACAGGCGGCGCACACAGUCACGUGGCAUUUCUCAUACCCGCUAAUCCGACGCGUGGACUGUGCGAGCUUUAUCGAUCGACGUCGAUUCGAUCGGCUCGGUGGUGCAUCGUUCCAACCCCGUGGUGGUCAUCAGAACUUCUGCACAGGUCUUAUUCUUAGGUUUUUUCGGUAAAGUCA